AUGGCCCAAGCUGAGAAGGAACUUUACUUGUCCAUUAUUGAACGCCGAGAUCCAAAUCCACUUGCGAUUCGUUUCACAAGCCCCUUUCCGCACAUCCGUGAACCGUUGCUCCUACUCCAAGCCGCGUCGCAAGAACAAAAUCCACUCGUAUCCACACUGUCUGAUAAUAUCGUUCAUUCUCCUUCCCCUUUCUUAGCCUUGAGUGUCGCGUCAGAUAAUAUUCCAGCUUCACACGAAGCUUUCCAUACGGACACAGCGUAUCCUGAUAGCAGACCCACGAUAGAAGUUUACCUGGAGAACCAAGUCUCGUCAACCCAGAGCCAAGAUUCGGGAACCUCUUCUAUUGCGUCUUCGCGCCAUGCAACACCUCAGGCUGAAGCAGAAGCAUUAUCAACGAACGUGUCGUUUCACCCAGCAGAAAAUGAGGCCGAAUUCGAACACGAUAGUCAAGAAACACAGGGCACUGAGGAUAUGAAAAUCUCGUCUUCGCCUUCGCCAAUUCCUGGACUGAGUGACUAUAGGUGCCGUCCGAAUGAUCGUCUUCACAUAUUGUGUGGGGAGCUUCUAGAUGUUAGACGAGAAAUAAACGCAAAACUUAUCAAAGAAUCGGCCAUCGUAGAGGCACUGCGGGGCCAUCAGGCUGAGAUACCAGGUCUACAACAAGGCGAAAUCUCGCUUCAAGACAAGUUAUUUAUCUAUCACACGCGAGCGGAAUUCUUGAAGCACGAACGCGACCGACUCAAGGGAACCCGUGACCAAGUCGAGAAUGCAAUUGGAGAUGUCGCUAGGAAUGAACGGCUGCCGUUUAUCUCCCCAGCCCUCCUGGACAUGUUUGUCGAGAUCUCGAAACUGAGCACCCAAGUUGUCAAUAGCCAGGCUCUCGAUGCAACGCAAACCUCUUGA